AUGGCCAGCCCCCCGUUAUCCACUGGCAGUCUGGACUCCCCCUCAGCACCGCCGGCAAAAAAGCGCACUAAGAAACCCUUUACGCGACAGCAGCAUGGAUGCUUGACGUGUCGGCAGCGCAGGAAGAAGUGUGAUACGAGGGUGCCUGUUUGUGGAGACUGUACUCGACUCAAUCUCAUCUGCGAGUACCAAGCACCCCGGCGGGUUAGAAAGUCGCCUCCAGCUUGUGCUGCUGUGAUGAGGUACCCUGAUGCGCAUGCUGGUAUCAGUGAGCCCGUGGAUGUGGUUCGCCCAGAUGAUGGUCACUCUAGGGAUCUGAGCACAGGCCGUCGGGCGAUGCUACGACACUACACGACGACUCUGGCGCAAAUGUUGUCAACGAAUACAGAGAACAACUGCUUCAUCUCGGUAUUACUCCCAAUGGCAUUCGACUGUCCGGUUCUCUUAGAUGCCAUUACAGCAUUGUCAUCAACGCAUCUCGCAAUGUGCAACCCAGACUUCAACGACAUAUCCCUCCAACAUCGUGGCCGCGUCUUAUCCGCCUUCAGAAGUUCCCUCGCUCAGGACAAUAGUCUGACGAGCGAGAUGCGCCUCGCCAUCGCAAUGGUCAUGUGCGCACUCGAGACCAUCUCAGACGGAACAAGCGUCGGCUGGACUUGUCACGUCGCUGGUGCAGCAGCAUGUCUCGACUCAAUACGCGCAUCGAGAAACUUGAGUUUUGAAGCAAAAUGGUUACUGCGCUUCUUUGCAUACCACGAUAGUUUGACGAGUAUAUCUCUAGAUCGGAAGCCAUUACUAACAGGCGAUUACUGGAUGUCAAGCGAUGACGCGUUGGCAGAUCCAUAUUGCGCCUAUGCCCCGCGAAUUAUCUUCUAUCUAUCCGAGAUAAGUGUCCUCAGCACAAUCGAUUCAGAUGAGGAGAUGCUACAGAAGGCGUACGUAAUUGCCAAUGGUCUUGCAGAGUGGAAGUGCAAGCCUGGUAUCACGAGCGAUGAACCUCUUACUCUGUUGAGCGAGACAUAUCGCAGCGCGGCAUUCAUCUACCUCGAGUCUGUUCUACGAAAGCGCUUUCCUCGGCAAGUCGUGGCGGAUGUAGUACCUGGAGGAAUCUCGACGCACAUCGAGGCCAUAUCUACUCUAUCGGACAGGAUACCCCACGGCGCAUUCGCGGAAAUCUCUCUACUCUUUCCUCUAUUUGUCGCGGGGAGUGUAGCUGAAAAUGCGAGGCAAGCCAGCGUCAUACGGAGCCGACUCGUAGCGAUGAACAAAUGGAGAAGAUUUAAGAAUGCUGAUGCUUGUGUUGACGUUCUAGAUGAGAUCUGGUCAGUCAAUGGGCCGAGGGCAGUUGCAUGGCAGGAUGUCACCAAACAUCGUGGUUGGAACUUGGCUCUGUUUUGA